AUGGAAGCAGAGAUUGAAGAUAUGUACACAAGUCAAGCAUGCUUGAAGCCACCAAAAGCUGGAAAUGGCAAAGUUGGACUCUUCUCUAGAGUCUUUCUUUGGAGGGAGAGUGGACCUGCUGACACCUUGAUUUUAAACUUUUGGACUCUAGAACUGAGAAAGAAUAAAUUUCUGAAGUUCAUCUACAUUAAAGAUGAAAAAGGAGAUGUUGGAGGUUUUGAGAAGAGGGGAGAAAGUAUGAAACAGUCAUCUAGGAGAGAAGGAAUUUACCUGGGCGAAUCGGCGUCUGAAUCCAAGGGGAGGCCGAGGCCGCUGUGGCGAGAGACUAUAAUCCGGGCCGGGAGGGGGGGUGGCUACGGCUCCUCUUCCGUCUCCUCAGUGCGGGGAACAUGUAGAGCCGGGGGGAGACCAGCCGAGAAGACAAAUCGCUGCUGCUUCUUCCUCCUCCUCCUCCUUCUCCCACAUAGAAACACUCACAAACACCCGGCCGGGGGCCCGAGCUACCGGGGGGGCAUCGCCGCCGGCCCGGGAACCAAUCCUCCAGUCGGCGGGGGCGUCCCUCCCUGCGGCUUGGUGGUGUCGGAACAAAAUGCCGACCGGAAGUGCAGCUGCAGGAAUGACUCCCUCCGCCGGCGCCAAACACUAACAACCACCCCCUCUUCCCCACUCCACUUCCGCCACCGCCGCCGCCGCCGUCGCUGCCGCCGCCACUUAGGCUCGCGUCCUCGGCCGAGCCGCACCGCGCAGCUCCGCUCGGCACCCGGGGUCCCGCUGGGGCCGACAGCGAGGCGGCGGCGGCGGCGGCUCUCCCCGGCGCCCUUCUCCUCCUCAGGGCGGCUGUGGAUGUUGCCUUUGAUUGUCGAUCCUGAGGAGCGGUGUUUUCGCGGAGGCGCGGCCGAGCCAGCGCUCUCCGGUCUUUAUUUUCCUGGAGGCCGACCGGAACGGGGCCCGGCUUUGGUGGUGGUCGUGUGCGUGGGGGGGUCCUCCGGGCCGGACCCGCUCGCUGGCCGCGCUCGCUGCCCCAGCUGGUCGUCAUUAACCUUAGGGGGCUGAGCUCCGGGCGGCCACAUAGAGGACGCCGGCGAUUCGACGGCGACGGUGCAUUUUUUAAAUGGUGUCCCGGCAGCCUGGUGGAUGGAUGUAUCGUAUCGUACACCUCUCCUUUUGAGAGGCCGGACUUGACGCCCGUGUCUGCAUUAUUUCUGUGGAGUAAGAACGCAAACCUUGGAGGUGAAGAAGCUUCUCAGAUGGAUUGAAUUGGAAUCGUUUUUUGUGAUGCAUUUAUUCCUGGAAAUAUUUGGUCUUUUCUGGUCUUGCUUUUUGUUGGCGGUGGUUUUGGUUCUUCCCUAACUGUCGGGAUAAAGACCUGUAGGCGACGCUGUUGGAGCGGGAGCUGGCCCGCGGCGGGCCCGGCGCUCGCUGCUCCGUGCCCCCCAAUAGGUGUGUGUGGAGCGGAGCGUGCGGGAGAGCCCCCCGCGCAGACCCCGGCCACCGGCGGACUGCGGGCGACGGGUGGGCCUGGGGCCAGCCGACAUCACACAUCGCUUUCCUCUUUGCAUUUGAAACAGGUCCUGGACCAGGCUGGAGUUCCUCUGUGAUUAUGUGUCGAGUUCCAUGCUGCUUGUAGUCUCUCAUUGUAACACGUGAAAUAACUUGAUCGUUCCACGGUUCUCUAUGUUUACUUGUGUCAAUUAAAAGGGGGCUAUUCUCCAGGUAAAGUGCACUAGGUAAGCGAAUUUGACUCGGACGGAACUGUAUUUGUGUUAUAGUUUCAUAAAUUUAGUUAAAUUAUACGUUAAUUGUAUUGUUUAUGUGGUUUGUAUAUGUAUCGAUAUGCUAAAAGUAAAUGGGAAUUUUUGCCUACGAGGCUCUUCCUUUUGCCUCAAAAAUCACUCGAGGUACUAAACCAGAUCCAGUUACUCCCUUACUCUAGAGACCCUGCGAUGGCUUGGCAUCUAGCUCAGAGUAAAAGCCAAAGCCUUGCCGGCGGCUGAAGGCCGGGCGUGGGCUGGGCUGGGGGGAAGCUGCCCUGGUAUCCUUGCAAGCAGGACCCCUGCUUUUGCUAGUCCCCCUGCCAGGCUCCAUAGGGCUUGCUCCCACACGUUCAGGAUUUUGCUCAAAUGUCACCUCGUGGCUUCCGUAGCCAUUCUUUGCAAGUUCCCCGUCUCCCAGUCUCCCUGUCCCAUUUUGCCCUUCAGGCCUUCUGUAUGCCUUACAUGGUUCUUUUAUCUGUUUUUCCCCCAGUAGAAUGUAAGCUCCACGAGAGCAACAGGUUUUAUAUUUUUCAACACUAGUGUUUCGUGGAAAAAAUAUGUCUGACACCCAGUUGAUGCUUAAUAUUUGGUUAAUGAAUGAAUGAUUAUAAGGGCCCCCCCCACCCCCACCCAACACACACACCAAUUUCUGAACUCUAUUCCUUAAUAUAUACGUGUAUACUUAUAUGCUACAAAGAACUUUAUGAAAGAUUUGUGUAAACUGGAAAAAAAAAAUCUAAGGAAAAAAAUGCAAGUGUAUUACAGAGUUCUAGAAAAAGGCACUACUUACAGACAUUUGAAAGCCCUCCACAACACCAGAAGCCCACAAACUAGUGGUAAUUGUUUUGGUUUUUUUAGGUUUUUCUAAAGGAGCUUGCUUGAGAACAGUUGAUUAGUAGAUCACAUGGUCAUAUUCAUACUAAGCCAAUUAACUUUGCUCUCUUCCUGAAUCACCAACUCGGUUGUCCAUCCUAUCUGCCCUCUUUCUUGCAAAAUACAUGCUAUUGUCACUAAAUUAAAAUCUUUGAGAAUUUGGCAUAGCCCAAAUGUAAGCACUACUUGAAAAGUUCAUUCAGGAAGUAUUUAUUGGGCACAAAAUGUGCCAGGCACAGUGAUUGAAAAGGUGCGUGUUUUAGAGGCUUUAUAUGAAGGACCACAUAUGGCUACUUUGGUUACUACUCAAUUACACUGUCAAGCAAAGCAAAUGCUAGUGAGAUUUAUUUUUACGGUUUCCUUCUUAAGAAAAGGUUGAGUGAAAGCUGAGGUCAGGCUUACUGUGGAUAUUUUAAUUUACCUUUUAGUAUGCUCUUUAUUUACACUUUCUUUAGCACUAGGUAUACCAAUACAUAAAUUGACAAUAAUUUUUGAAAACGAUGGAACAAAUUGAGAAUUUUUAUUUCCUAGUGGCUGGAAAAAUAGACCUUUUAAAUUAAAAUAAGUAAGUAUACCAGUAAACUAGAAACUGCAAUAAGUGCCUUUGGCUGUGAUAUUACAAAUAACUGUAUUUCAUUUGUGGAAAUUUUCUUUAAGAUAGUCUGAAUAGUUUUUUUUUUUGUAGCCAUUAGUACAAUUAAUUGGACAUUGUUUAGUAAAUCCAACAGUCUGUUAAUUAUAAGCUUACCCAUUAACCUUUAAGAACAGCUUUAAGUAUUAAUACAGAUUGCUUGGAAUAUGUUUUUCAGUUCCAAAAUACUAAUAUUUCAGUUUGCUUAAGGAAGCACAAUUAUCUUCCUAUAUACUUUUUUAAAUGUUACUGGUAAACUAAUAAUUUUGCAUGUCCAGGUAGCAAAAGUCUUGAUAUUGUAGCAUUUAAUUUAAAAUUUUAGAUAUUUUAUUUUUCAGUUUCUUCACUCAUUUACUUAUUAAGGACUCUUUAGGUGCUCCUCAGCUUUAUGAUAGGCACCUCCUAUACAUUAAUGAAUGAAAAUAGACAAGGUCUCUGCCUUUAAGGGUUUUAACUUGUAUAUAGUUUACACCAAUUUUUUUUUCCAGAUCAGAGAAUUGAAUAAAUUGUUUCAAUGCAUAUCAGACUAUUUCUCUAUUAAAUCAGUUAGUAUUUUGCUUGCCUAAAUUUAGUGUCCAAGUUGAGAUCUUGUGUAAAAUCUUGUUAAUUUAGUCUUAGUGUUUUCUGGAUUUCGUUGUCUUACUUCUUGAUUUUUUUGGGGGGGCGGGGGAGGAUGAGGGUUGCUUAAUAAUUAUUUUCUUCAACAUCCAUUUAUUUUGCUCUUAAAUUUUAAAAUCUUUAUGUCUGAAAUCAGUUGAUUUAUGGUGGCCUUCUAUCCUUGAUUUGCCAAUUCUUAAUUUGUAGGAAAGCCCAAUAAACUUUAAUCUGACCCAAUAUUCCCCCCUUGCUUUAAGUACCGAGUUGCACUACCCAUUUUAUUUGCCAAGGCUAUUCCUGGAUAUUCCCAUGUGUAUUCUUGAUCAAGAAAUUGCAGAAGAUUUAAAAUAUUUGAAAAAGGAUUUUAAGUAUUAACUGUUGAAUGGUAUCAGCAGGAAUUGGUACAAUUGACAAAUUAUGAGUUACUUUUGUUGAUAAUAUUUAUCUUCAAGAUCAAUACAAUUUGCCAUAAAAAUGACAGAAAUGAAAAAUUGUAGAAAAUCAUUUUCUUCUAUUUUAUGUCUACCAGUUAUAUCCUUUGUUAGUGAUAAAAUUAACUCUUACAGGAACAAAUCUUUGAAAUAUAGUAAAAAAAAAAAAAAGUAAAGGACAUGUAGUGUAUGUUUUGUAGAUUAUUUAAAAAUCUACCAAAAUUAUUUCAUAUUUAGGAUAAUUAAGUUACUUUUAGGAUGAUUUUUGUCUUGAGAAACUUUGAUGAAGAGUUACAGAUGUUGAUUUGAGAGUGAACUACAAAAAUAUCAAACAAUUUAACAGCCUGUAAAUAAGUUUCUACUUGAAUUUUUUUAAGUACUGUAAUCAAAUCUGUGAUAGUAUUUAUAAGGUUAUUCAACAUAGUUUAUCCAUUUUUAUUAAGAUGAUAGAAAUGAAUGUUUUUUAUACCUAGAUGACUUUCUUGUCCUUCAAGAACAAGCUUUGUCCUUUUAUUAAUCCUUCUCACUUAUAAAUUCAUAGAUUUUAUUAUUCAUGCCUUCCAUUUAUAAUCCUAUGACUUUCCUAUAUUGUUGUUUACAUUUUUGCAUUAUUUAUGCCUUAUGUCCCUAAAUCAAAGCAACCAGUUAUGUGUUAUAUUACAGGCUUCAUUAUGCAUUGCAUAGGGUAGGGCCCUCAAGAAAUGCAUUUCUGAAAUAUAAUUUCAAUAUAAAAUUAUUCAGUCAUUAAAUCUUCCUGAAAGCCUAAUCUUAAUGGAACCUAACACAUAAGCUGAAUGUAAACCAGAAAAUUAAACUAUACAUGUAUUUUAAUACUAAAUCUGGAGCAACAUUGAUUUAAAAGUGAUUUUUAUCUAUAAAGGAAGAAAACAGAAUCCAUAAACUUAACAUAUAAAAUAGGUAUGAAGGGAGUGCUUGUGAUACUCAUGUCAAAGCAUUUCCUCUAGGCCAGUGUUUUAAAACUGGGUAAUUAAUGUACGAACAAUUAUGGGUCAUGAAAUAAAUUUAGUGGGUUAUGACUAAUAUUUUUUUAUUUAAAAUAUAGAAAAGAAAAUCUAAAAGUACAUCAGAAAUAGUAAAGUCUGUAUUUAAAAAUAAACAUUCACUUGUGUGUGUGCAUGUGUUAGAUUACCUUGUAAUAAAUAUUUCUUACUGUGGGGUAUAAGUCGAAGUAAAAUGGUGGUGUUUUGGUUGUUUUUGUAUUUCUUUUAAUCUACAUUUCAGGUUUUCCUUUAUUUCCUCCUUUAGAAAAUAAAAAAAAGAAUUCUAGAAAGUUCUGAUUGCCUAUGCAGUAGUGAGGAAUUUUAGACGCACUAAGAGAUUUGAUAAUUGGUUUCAGAAAGAUGAUCUUAAGGUAAAGGGUAGGUAAACUGCAGAAAUGUCAAAUAUGGUUGAAGUUGUGAGAAGUAAUUAUUGUCCUAAUGGAGCUAAAUUUGGUGUGUUUAGAUCUAUGACUAUUUUAUAGCACAUCAAAUCUCAAAUGCCCAGUACAGCAAAAUAAUAAAUGUAAGGCAAAAGA